AUGAAUGCAGAAUUUUCAACAUUGACAAAAACCUAUGAUCAUAAAAUGGAAAUUGUUAUACGUAAUUAUAAAUUACAAAUGGAACGAUUAGAUAAAGAAUUCGAAGUGGAAAUGAAACGUAUUCGAUCAGAAACUUCUAAAGAAGAGCGUACAUUUAAAGAUCGUUUAAAAAGUGAAAUUGAUACAUAUGAUCGUGCUAUGCGUAAAGCUGCUAAACGUGAUCUUAAUAAAUUUGAUCAUAUUCAAUCAUCUAAUUAUGAUAUUAAAUCAAAUUCAUCAUUAACUUCAUUAAAAUCAAAUCAUUCCACUAAUAAUAAUGACAAUAAUAAUAAUAAUUCACUUGUUUCACAACGUUUAACAUUGUUUCGUGAAAAUCAAGAAUCACGUAUGAAUAGUCGUAUUUAUGAUUUACAUAAUGAAUAUAAUAAACGUCGAAAUUUAAUACAUUCAGAAUAUUUAAAUGAAAUUCAUACAUUAAGAUUAAAUUUUGAAGAAGAUAAAUGGAGAACAGAACAUCGUUUUUUAUCUAUGAAACAUCAGUUGGAUAGAAAUCGUCAACUAGACUUAUUUAUGAUUAAACGUGAACAAUUAACUGGUCGAUCGGAACUUGAAUUAACGGAAUUGAAACAGACAAUCAACAUGGAACGAAGUAAACUUCAAGCAAUUCAUUCCAUAGAGAGAAAAAAUUGUAUAAAAUCUAUGAAGUCUGUUAACAAACGUAGUAUUCUGACAUUACAACGCCAAUCUAGAAUCAAUACCAUCCAAUUGAAUGAAGCUCAAAAGCGUAUGAAUGAAGAAUUGGAAUUGUUAGAAUCGAAACAUAAAGCUCAAACGGAUGAAUUAGAACAGAGUAUACAUUUUCGAUUACAAGAAUUAGAACAAAGUACCAUUGAGAAACGUAAUGCUUUAAUUGAUCAAGAGACUAAACGUUUACAAGAAUUAGAUAAUCGACAUCAAAAUGAAAUGCGUAUCUAUUCAGAAUCUUUACCUCGAAUAAAAGCUUUAAUGAAAGAACAAUUUGCUCAAGAAUAUAAAGAAGAUUCUUUUAAAAUAAAUUAUAAUAAUUAUCGAUCAUAUAGUCCAAAAUCUCAUCGGCAUAGAUUACCAAUUCCUAUAUCAAGUUUAACAAAUCUACGUUGGGGUUCACUUUCUAAUUCAAAUACAAAAUUAAAUAAUAUAUUAGAAUCUCGACCAAGUCGAUUGAUUACAUUAUUCUCUUCAGAUUUAAAUCAUAAUAAGACAAGUUCAUCGGAUUCAAUGUGA